AUGCCGCGGGCGCCCCGGUGCCGGGCCGUGCGCGCCCUGCUGCGAGGCCGCUACCGCGAGGUGUUGCCGCUGGCGACGUUCGCGCGGCGCCUGGGGACCGAAGGCCGCCGGCUAGUGCGGCGCGGGGACCCAGCGGCCUUCCGCGCACUGGUGGCCCAGUGCCUAGUGUGCGUGCCCUGGGGCGCGCCGCCGCCCCCCACGGCCCCUUCCUUCCGCCAGGUUUCUUGCCUGAAGGAGCUGGUGGCUAGGGUCGUGCAGCGGCUCUGCGAGCGCGGCGCGAAGAAUGUGCUGGCUUUCGGCUUCGCGCUGCUGGACGAGGCCUGCGGCGAUCCGCCCAUGGCGUUCACGACCAGUGUCCGCAACUACCUGCCCAACACGGUAACCGACACGCUGCGCGGCAGCGGCGCCUGGAGGCUCCUGCUGCAGCGCCUGGGCGACGACGUGCUGGCCCACCUGCUGGCGCGCUGCGCGCUCUAUCUGCUGGUAGCCCCGAGCUGCGCCUACCAGGUGUGCGGGUCGCCUCUCUACGAGCUCUGCGCUCGGGACGCCAGCGGGCUGGGGCCGGGCUGCGGAGCCCCGCGCGGGACAGCAGGGGGCGCGAGGCGGCGUCGGGACGGAGCGGGCGAGCGAGAGCCAUUGGCCAAGAGACCCAGGCGAGUGCUGGCCCUGGAGCCAGGGCGGGUACCGCAGUCUGGGCGCGAGGAGGCGGCGUCCUGGGCCUACCUGGGUAGGACGCGUGUGCAGAGUGACAGCGAUCUCCACGCGGUGACAUCUGGACCGAGAGCUGCUGCGGAAGCCAUGUCUUCGGAGGGCGAACCUUCUGGAACUCGUUCCUCCACGCAGGGGACCAGGGAGCGUGGGGACGGCCCUGCAUCCACUAAGACGCCCCCAUUACCGCGACCCCAGGCCGUGGAGACCAAGCGUUUCCUCUACUGCCCAGGAAACAAGGAGCGUCUGCCCAGCUCCUUUCUCCUCAGCUCGCUGCAGGGCAGUGUGACAGGGGCCCGCAGGCUUGUGGAGACCAUUUUCCUGGGCGCAGCACCGGCCGGAAGGAAGAUGCAGCUGCGGCGUCUACCACCGCGCUAUUGGCGGAUGCUGCCCCUGUUUCAGGAGUUGCUCAGAAACCAUGCGCAGUGCCCAUACAGCGCGCUCCUGAAGACGUACUGCCCGAGGCGGGGCUCGGCCAACGCCACCCCUGAAGGAAGUGGCAGGGUGGGUCCUGGGACCCCGGAGCAGCCCCCUGGGCCGGCGGUGAAGGCCACCCCCGAGGAGGACGCAGGCCUGCGCGUGGUCCGGCUGCUCCGCCAGCAUAGCAGCCCCUGGCAAGUGUACAUGUUCGUGCGGGCCUGUCUUCACCGCCUGGUGCCUGCCGGCCUCUGGGGCUCCAGCCACAACAAGUGCCGCUUCCUCAAGAACGUCAAGACGUUCAUCUCUCUGGGGAAGCGCGCCAAGCUGUCGCUGCAGGAGCUGACGUGGAAGAUGAAGGUUGAGGACUGUGAGUGGCUGCGGCAGAGCCCAGGGAAUUAUACUGUCCCGGCCUCGGAGCACCGUUUGAGAGAAGAGAUCCUGACCAAGUUCCUGUUCUGGUUGAUGGACUUGUACGUGGUUGGGCUGCUCAGGGCCUUUUUUUACGUCACGGAGACCAUGUUUCAGAAGAACAGGCUUUUCUUUUUCCGGAAAAGCAUCUGGAACGAACUGCAAAGCAUUGGGAUCAGACAACACUUCGAGAGAGUACGCCUGCGAGAAUUAUCUGAAGCAGAGGUCCGACGUCGCCAGGAGACCAAGCCAUCUCUUCCGACCUCCAAGCUCCGCUUCAUCCCCAAACUCCAGGGCCUCCGCCCGAUCGUGAACAUGGACUACAUCGUGGGAGCCAGAACCUUCCGCAGAGAAAAGAAGGCUCAGCAUUUCACCUCGCAGAUGAAAAACCUGUUCAGUGUGCUCAACUACGAGCGAGCCCUGCGGCCCGGGCUGCUGGGGGCCUCCAUGCUCGGCAUUGACGACGUGUACAGGGCCUGGCGGGCUUUUGUGCAGCGCGUGCGGGCCGGGGACCCCAGGCCCCCGUUGUACUUUGUCAAGGUGGACGUGGCGGGGGCCUAUGACGCCAUUCCUCACAACAAGCUGGCGGAGGUGAUUGCCAGCGUGAUUAAGCCCCAGGAGAACGUGUACUGCAUCCGCCGCUACGCUGUGGUCCAGAAAACCACCCAGGGGUGUGUUCGCAAGUCCUUCAAGAGACACGUCUCCACCUUCACAGACCUCCUGCCUUACAUGAAGCAGUUCGUGGAACAUUUGCAGGAGGCGGGUUCACUGAAGAACGCUGUUGUCAUCGAGCAGAGCUCCUCCUUAAACGAGACCGCUGGCAGCCUUUUUGACUUCUUCCUCCGCUUCGUGCACAACAGUGUCAUAAAGAUUGGGGGCAGGUACUAUGUCCAGUGCCAGGGGAUCCCCCAGGGCUCCAUCCUGUCCACUCUGCUCUGUAGCUUCUGCUAUGGGGACAUGGAGAACAAGCUCUUUUCUGGGAUCCAGCAGGACGGGUUGCUCUUGCGUUUGGUGGAUGAUUUUUUGCUGGUGACACCUCACCUAACACAUGCUAAGGCAUUUCUGAGGACCCUGGUCAGAGGUGUCCCUGAGUACGGCUGCAUGAUCAACUUGGGGAAGACUGUGGUGAACUUCCCUGUGGACGACGGCCCAGCGCAUGAAGCCCUCCUGCAGCUGCCCGCCCACUGCUUGUUCCCCUGGUGCGGUCUGUUGCUUGACACCCGGACGCUGGAGGUGUUCUGUGACUACUCCAGUUAUGCCCAGACCUCAAUCAAAGCGAGUCUCGUCUUCAACCAUGGCUUCAAGGCAGGAAGAAACAUGCGUCGCAAGCUCUUUGCAGUCUUGCGGCUAAAGUGUCAUGCUGUGUUUCUGGACUUGCAGGUGAACAGUCUUCAGACAGUUUAUAUCAACGUUUACAAGAUCUUUCUCCUGCAGGCCUACAGGUUCCAUGCCUGUGUGCUCCAGCUUCCGUUCAGUCAGCAAGUUGGGAAGAAUCCCUCAUUUUUCCUCAGAAUCAUCUCCGACACAGCCUCCCGCUGCUACUCCAUCCUCAAGGCCAAGAACGCAGGAAUGUCGCUGGGGGCCCCCGGUGCCAUGGGCCCAUUCCCUUCUGAGGCAGCACGCUGGCUCUGCCACCAGGCCUUCCUGCUCAAGCUGGCCCACCACCGAGUCACCUACAAGUGUCUGCUGGGGACACUCAAGACAACCAAGAUGCAGCUGGGCCGCAAGAUCCCUAAGGUGACGAUGGCCCUACUGGAGGCGGCCGCCGCGCCGUCCCUGCAUAGGGAGUUCAAGACCAUCCUGGACUGA